AUGACUACUGAAAUCUAUACCUAUGCCAGUGUUUCCAACGGGCUAGUUUUUGAUCAGCAACAUGAUCUCUUAGGGUCAGGCACGGUGGGGGAAGUUUUCAGAGCCGAGAUUCGUACUGGAAAUCGCUCUCAGGUCUUUGCGUUGAAAAGAUUCUUGAAUAGGCCCCAAAGAGAUGAUUUUGAUAACGAAAAGGCCGUUCUAGAUGCCUUAGCAUCAACUCGUCACCGACACAUCACUUACUAUCUAUUCGCCUGGACCGCCCUCAAUGCUCAAUACUUAUUAUUUCCUCUGGCCACGGGCGACCUGAAAACCUUUUUAAACAAGACCCCCCCACCAGAGUCUCUCCGCGCAGUUGAAAACUGUAUCUUCGAGCAGAUGCUUGGUGUUUGUGAUGCUAUCAAGUACACCCAUGAGCACAUCGUUAUUGCCGCCGACGGGCAGCGUGCGAAGAGACUUGGCUUCCACCACGACUUGAAACCAGCUAAUAUUCUUCUCUUUGAGAAUGUAUCGGAGCCCCUCGGAACUUGGAAACUUUGCGAUUUUGGCUCUGGAACCGUGGACUUCUUUGACACUGAGGCCACAGCAGAGAUUUACAACCGCAAGGCAUCCACUGGAGACAAGGUGUAUAGCGCUCCGGAAUAUUUGGUAGAAGGACGGGUAUCGCGAUCAAAGGACAUUUGGAGCCUUGGUUGCAUAUUUCUUGAAGUCUUUGUCUGGGCUCAGUCUCAUGAAAUAGGCGAGGUGAUGCGGUUUCGAGAAGCAAGAAGUAUCUCUAAUCCUGGCAGUUCCAACAGCGCUGUGUACUGGGCUAUUGACGCGCAAAAGAAGCCAUAUAUUAAUCCAGCUGUUGCCAGAGUCCUGCAAUAUCUGCAAAGGCCGUGUUCAGGUGCCGAGGUGUCUCUCUCUAUAUUACAGGUUAUAGGUAAUAUGCUAUGUGUUGAAGCGUCUCAUAGACCAACAGCGGAGGAUGUAUGCAAGUCUUUGCAGAGUUUGAAGGGUAAUUGA